AUGGACUUCAACAGCUCCUCCCCGUACCCAGAGGGUGUCAUAUCCUUCCUGGAUACUGAUCUCUACAAGCUGACCAUGCAAUGCGCCGUCUUUAAGUACUUCAAAGAUGUGCCCGUGACCUAUGGAUUCACCAACCGUACUCCGGAGAAGCAGCUGUCGCGAGCUGCCUAUCGCUGGCUAGAGGCCCAGAUCACCAAGCUUGGGAACAUCUCCCUCCUCCCCGACGAGUUGCAUUUCCUCCAGCAGCACUGCAAAUACCUCACGCCCGCCUAUCUCGAGUUCCUCCAGGACUUUCGCCUGCGCCCUCGCGAGCAAGUGACCAUCACCUUCACGCCAACUGGGGAUGACACAGGAGCGGACACAGAUCUCGGUGACAUCCAGCUCUAUAUCAAGGGCUCAUGGGUGGAUACCAUACUCUACGAGAUACCCAUUCUGGCCCUCACUUCAGAAGCUUACUUCAAGUUCAUGGACAAGGACUGGAACUAUGACGGGCAGGAGGAGAAGGCAUAUGACAAAGGAAUCAAGCUCCUAGAAGCCGGAUGCGUCUUCUCCGAGUUCGGCACGCGCAGACGCCGCGACUACCACACUCAGGCGCUUGUAUUCAGGGGCCUCGUCAAGGCGAGCAAGCAGGCCGAGAAGCGCGGCCUCCCGGGAAAGCUAUCAGGAACCAGCAAUGUCCACCUGGCCAUGCGCUUCGGAAUCCCACCAGUGGGCACUGUCGCGCACGAGUGGUUCAUGGGCAUCGCCGCCAUCAAGAAUGACUAUCCCCGGGCGACAGAGGAGGCGCUGCGGCACUGGGUGUCUUGCUUUGGCGAGGGCGUUCUCGGCAUCGCGCUGACCGACACGUUCGGCACGCCAGAGUUCCUCAAGGCAUUUAACAAGACCAUCGAGCGUCUUCCAGAUGCGCCUGUGCCUACUGAGCACCAGCCUUCGAUCGCAGACGACUUCAUAUCGGCAACUAAGGAUGUCAUCGCAAAAGUGGGCCUAUCGGACGGCGCUGCCAAGCCCAAGACGUAUGCGGACGUCUUCACUGGCGUCAGGCAGGACUCGGGAGACCCGGUGGAAUUUGUCGGCACCAUGCGGAAGUUCUACGAUAGCGUGGGAAUCAAGGACAAGAAGGUCAUUGUCUUUUCGGACUCGCUGAACAUUGAGCGGUGCCUGGAGUACAAGAAGGUCGCCGAGGAAGCCGGCUUCCAGCCGACAUUCGGCGUGGGAACCUUCCUGACGAAUGAUUUUGUGCGUACGGCUGACGGCUCCAAGUCCACGCCAAUGAACAUCGUCAUCAAGCUUAGCUCAGCAGCCAACAAUCCCGCUAUCAAGAUCAGCGAUAAUAUGGGCAAAAACAUGGGUGACAAGGAACUUGUCGAAAAGGUCAAGAGAGAGUUAGGCUACGUGGAGAAGCAGUGGGAGGAUGGCGACGAGAGUCGAAGGUGGGGCGUCGACGGCCAUGGGAAGGCUUAG